CGCCUCUCGCUCUCCCCCCCUCUCUUACUCGCUCCCCUCUCCCAGCUGAUAGAGCAAGCCAGACGCAGUGACCGCGCGCUCUGAUCUCUCUCGCUCUCACACACAUAUCUGGCCCCCAUCAAUAUCAACGGGUCCGGCUAAUCUCACACAUCUCACUGGUUAGCCACUCAGCUUGCCACUUGGGGAGGACAGAAGCUUCAGCUCCUCAAGAUGCACUGGAGAUUCGCGGUAGCAUGGGUUGCCGCCACCUCGGGCCUUGCCUCCGCAAAGGCCCAGGCUGGAACGACCGUGUAUCAAGAUUCUCUGACCGGGUUCACCUUCUCGCAGAGCGUGGUAUCAUACGACCUCGAUGGGCACGUGGUUACUUACCGCCUUGCUCUACCGACAGGGGCCAGUUCGUCAGGAAAUUAUGAUAUCGUCCUCCAGGUCGUCGCGCCGACCAUUAUCGGCUGGGCUGGGCUGGCAUGGAAUGGCGGCAUGACGAGCAACCCGCUCACAGUCGCAUGGAAGAAUGGCAACUCGGUCACCAUCUCGUCUCGCUGGGCCUCGUCACGCGACGUGCCUACUGCGUACGCCGGCGCGACGUACCAGCUGCUCAAGCGCGGGACUGUCGUCAACAGCACGCACUGGCAGUACACAGUCAAGUGCACCGGCUGCACGCAGUGGGGCACCAAGUCGCUCUCACCGACCGGAUCGCACCGGCUAGCAAUGGCGGCCGCCCCGCAGGGCCCGUCGAACCCGGCCAGCAACACGUCCUCGUUCCCCGUCCACACCGUCCACUACUACUGGGACCACGACUUCUCCCAGGCGGCGAACCCAUCGUUCAGUUCGCUGGUCACGCAGAAUGGAGGCACCGCGACUGCUCAGUUUGCCGAGACGAUCGAACAGAGUGCGGAAGAUGAUGGGUCGAAGAUGGCGGAGCGGUGGGAGGCAUGA